ACACGCUUCGAAAUUCAAUGCCAUAUCCUCCUGUAACCUACUUUACCUUAAUUUCAAACAAACCACCAAAUAUCUUCUCUUUUUACGGCUUUCUCCUCUACUCUGCGCCAUAUCUGAGAAAGUGACACAUUAGGAGGAUAUUAAUUAAUUUGCCCAGUUACUUGAUGCGCAACGUAUAGGGCUGUUCGUCAUUCAGAGCAUCGGUCAACAUGGCAUCUAACUCCAAUUCCUCCCCUACAAUGUUGACGAAGGUAUGUCGCAUGUUCAUACUCUAAGCUUGAUAUAUUCAGUCAGAUGGGCUACAGUACUAAUACCCCCAUAAGUUCGAGUCAAAAUCAUCCAGAGCAAAGGGCAUUGCUUUCCAUCCUAAACGGUUCGUUCAUAAAUACAAUGCGCAGCAACUCUAUCUAACUAUUUUUAUAGGCCAUGGAUUCUAGUUUCUUUACAUUCUUCGACUAUUCAGCUAUGGGAUUACCGUAUGGGAACAUUGAUUGAUAGAUUCGAGGAGCAUGAUGGGCCAGUUCGAGGAAUUGACUUCCACAAAACACAACCCCUCUUUGUCUCUGGUGGAGAUGAUUACAAGAUUAAGGUCUGGUCAUUGCAGACUAGAAGAUGUCUUUUUACUUUGAAUGGUCAUUUGGAUUAUGUUCGCACAGUUUUCUUUCAUCAUGAGCUCCCUUGGAUCAUUUCCAGUUCGGACGAUCAAACUAUUAGAAUAUGGAAUUGGCAAAAUCGUUCUUUAAGUAAGCUGGGAAUGUGUCAACAUUAUAAACGUAUGCGGAACUAACCUUCUUUUCAGUUUGCACAAUGACUGGUCACAAUCACUAUACAAUGUGCGCUCAAUUCCAUCCAAAAGACGAUUUGGUAGUAUCUGCAUCCCUUGAUCAGUCGGUUCGAGUUUGGGAUAUUUCAGGCUUGCGAAAGAAGCAUUCGGCGCCAACAUCAAUGACUUUCGAAGAUCAGAUGUCGAGAGGGAACCAGGCUCAAGCGGAUAUGUUUGGAAAUACCGAUGCUGUGGUCAAAUUUGUGCUUGAAGGUCAUGACCGAGGUGUCAAUUGGGUAGCUUUCCAUCCAACAUUACCUCUGAUCGUAUCUGCGGGUGAUGAUCGACUCGUAAAAUUAUGGCGAAUGAGCGAAACUAAAGCUUGGGAGGUCGAUACCUGUCGGGGACAUUUCCAAAAUGCGUCAGGAUGCUUAUUUCACCCUCAUCAAGACCUGAUCUUGUCAGUUGGCGAAGACAAAACCAUCAGAGUUUGGGAUCUCAACAAGCGUACGUCAGUGCAAUCAUUCAAGCGAGAGAAUGAUAGGUUCUGGGUCAUUGCCGCUCAUCCUGAGAUAAAUCUUUUCGCCGCUGGCCACGAUAAUGGUGUCAUGGUAUUCAAGCUUGAGCGAGAACGCCCUGCUUCUGCCUUUUAUCAAAACAAUCUCUUUUAUAUCACCAAGGAUAAACAUGUCAAAUCUUAUGAUUUCCAGAAGAACAUCGAGAGCCCAACACUAUUAACAUUGAAGAAACUCGGUAGCCCUUGGGUUCCACCUAGAUCACUUUCCUACAAUCCAGCUGAACGAGCCGUCUUGGUUACUUCCCCUGCAGAUGGUGGUUCAUACGAACUCAUCAAUCUUCCUCGGGAUGGAGCUGGUUCAAUGGAUUCAAAUGACACGAAGCGAGGUCAAGGUACUUCUGCAGUUUUUGUAGCACGAAACAGAUUCGCUGUGUUCAAUGCUACAACUCAGCAAAUUGAUAUCAAAGAUCUUUCCAACUCCAUUACCAAGACCAUUAAGCCUCCAAAUGGAACCACCGAUAUCUACUUUGGUGGAACUGGUAACCUUUUGUUGAUCACCCCAACUGCUGUUCAUUUAUAUGAUAUCCAACAAAAGAAAGCUACUGCUGAACUUGCUGUAUCCGGUGUCAAGUAUGUUGUUUGGUCUAACGAUGGUUUAUACGCGGCUCUUUUGAGCAAACAUAACGUCACGAUUGUUACGAAAUCUUUAGAACAAGUUAGCUCUCUUCACGAGACCAUCCGUAUUAAGAGUGCUACCUGGGAUGAUGCAGGCGUCCUUCUUUACUCGACUUUGAACCACAUCAAAUACACCUUAUUGAACGGAGAUAACGGUAUAGUUCGCACCCUUGAUCAGACAGUUUACCUUGUCAGGGUUAAAGCACGUACCAUGUACUGCUUGGACCGAAAUGCCAAACCAAAGAUUUUGAAUAUCGAUCCUACAGAGUAUCGUUUCAAGCUUGCCCUUGUGAAGCGAAACUAUGAGGAGAUGUUGCAAAUCAUUAAGAACUCAAGUCUUGUUGGUCAAAGUAUUAUCUCUUAUUUGCAAAAGAAGGGUUAUCCAGAAAUUGCUUUGCAAUUCGUUCAAGAUCCACAAACUCGAUUUGAAUUAGCAAUCGAAUGUGGUAACUUGGAAGUCGCCGUGGAGAUGGCCAAGCAAUUAGAUCGACCAAAGUUGUGGUCGAGAUUAACGGCGGAAGCCCUUGCUCACGGUAAUCACCAAAUCGUCGAGAUGACAUAUCAGAAGUUACGACAAUUUGACAAAUUAUCGUUCUUGUAUCUUGCCACUGGAGAUGAGGCAAAGUUGACAAGAAUGGCCAAAAUUGCGGAACAUCGUGGUGACUUCACUGCCCGCUUCCAAAACGCAUUGUAUCUCGGAGAUGUUCAAGAUAGGAUACAAAUGUUCAAGGAAAUUGAUCUUUGUAAGUUCACAUUAAAGAUCCUGAUACUCACGCGUAAGAUACUAACUCAUAUUAGAUCCACUUGCUUACAUGACCGCAAAGUCACAUGGACUUACAGAGGAAUGCGAGUCCAUUCUUGAGGCUUCGGGCCUUACCGAAGAACAAAUCGCUUUACCAUCCCUUGGGUCUCCACUUACUCCUCCUAAACCUGUCAUCCCUACAUUCAAGGCAAACUGGCCAACAAAGGCAACUUCGCAAUCAUUCUUUGAGAAGGCUCUGCUUGGUCAAGUCGAAGGUCUUUCUCUAGAAGAUGAACCUUCUGCCGCAGCAAAUGGAUUUGGGUUCGAUGAAGCUGGAGACGAUGAAGCUAAAACUGGCGCUCUCAUUGAGGCUGACGAUGACGAAGAUGCUGCGGGAUGGGACAUGGGUGAUGAUAUUGUUCCAGAAGUUGAGAGUGACUUUGUCAAUGUUGAUAGUGCAGAAGCUGGUGCGGGUAGUAGUGAGGCUGAUUUAUGGGCUCGCAAUUCCCCUAUCGCUGCUGACCACGUGGCUGGUGGCUCCUUUGAAACUGCUAUGCAAUUACUUAACCGACAACUUGGCGCUGUCAACUUCGAACCUUUGAAACCUCGAUUCUUGGAGAUUUACCAAGCAUCAAAAACAUACCUUCCAGCAUCCGCAAGUCUUCCACCUUUGGUCAAUUAUGUUCGACGAACAGUUGAUGAGACAGAUCCUCGUAAAGUUCUUCCUGUUAUUCCACGAGAUAUCGAAUCAUUAGCAACAAUCGACUUACAGAAAGGAUAUGAUGCCAUGCGACAAAACAAGCUUGAAGACGGUGCUACAAUUUUCAAGGGCAUCCUUCAUGCUCUACUCGUCAACGCGGUCUCAACUGCGUCGGAAGUAUCAGAGGCAAAGAAACUUAUCACGACAGCAUCAGAAUACAGUAUAGCAAUGGCCAUUGAAAUUUCAAGGCGGAAGAUUGGAACUGCUGAUGAAAUAUCAAAAUCUCCAGAGAAACUGAAGCGAAGUUUGGAAUUGUCAGCUUAUUUCACUAUUCCUAAGUUGGAGGUUGUUCAUAGACAAUUGGCUUUAACAAGUGCGAUGAAGUUGGCCUAUUCCAGCAAGAACUAUAACUCCGCAUUAAGUUUCGCUAACAGAAUGUUGGCAAAUGGCGGAAGUGCUAAGGUUCUUGAUAAUGUAAGCAAUCUCUUUGCGCAAUUAAUUUUAUGUACUAAUUAAAUAUCUAGGCUCGUAAGAUUAAAGCUGCAUGUGAGCGCAACCCUAAUGAUAUCCACGAGAUUGAGUUCGAUCAAUUUGCCGAAUUCGAUGUUUGUGCUGCCUCACAUACACCUAUUUACUCUGGCUCUCCAUUCGAGGUCUGUGCAUUUGAUGGUAGCAAAUAUCAAGCUAAAUAUAAGGGAACUGUCUGUGCUGUAUGUGGUGUUUGUGAGGUUGGUAAGAACGGGAGUGGGUUGAAACUUGUUGCAUAGGUGCAAUGGGGCAUGAAUUUAGGGUGGUGUAGGAUGAUGGAGAUAUCUUUUGGUUGAGGUGAAAAAUUCAUAUGGAGUUUGAGGAAAAACUAUGCCGUCAAAUUAGUUGAUGAAUGUAGAAUGUUGUUCUUGGCUCUCUGUUAUAAAUGAAGAUUAUACAUUUAUUUGCAUCUUGUCUUGCAACGUGUUUAGACGAUGCUUUUAAUUUGAAUGGAUUUGAGU